GUGAAAUUCUCAAUUGACAAUGGCAGGCCUACUAUUUCGUUCCCAGAACGACAUUGACCCCAGCGUCAACGUCCAACAUCUAUCAAGCAAGCCCCAUGUGCCGCCGUUCGUCGGCCGCAUAGGCGGCAAUCAGGGCAUUGUCCUCGAUCGCGCCGAUCCGGAUAAUGCCGAAUAUCUGCGUAAAGUUCCAGAUGCUGCUCCAUUAAUGAGUGCACGAGAUGCCUUUAAUGUGCGCGGGUUCACCGACCUUAACCUCUGGCGAUUUGCGGUGGUGGAAUGCGUUGGGACCAUGAUGUUAAGCUUCAUUACUGCUUGGUCGGCAGCUACUCCCGCUAAUGUUGCCCCCCCUACUCCCACCACACCAGCCGGGAUCUUUGCUACAACAGCCUUUCUCGGCCCUCUUGUCGGCGCCUUUACCAAUUGGGCACUACUGACCCUCUUCAUUUUCUCCUUCUCGGCAGUCAGUGGAAGUCAUCUCAAUCCGACCAUAACGCUAGCCACAUUCUUUGCGCGGCUUAUUUCCUUGCCACGUAUGGUUCUCUACCUGGCCGGCCAAAUCCUCGGCGGAGCUCUGGCCGGGUGGAUAUUGCAGUCAGCGUUCGGAUCCGGACAGUAUUCUGUCGGUGGGUGUGUAGUUGAUACUGCCCUAGUGCCGGUCCGAGAAGCCUUUGUGCUGGAGUUCAUCUGCUGCCUCAUACUGAUCUUCCUGUCAUUUGGUGUUGGGUUAGAUCCCAGACAGGUUAGAGUGUACGGGGCUGCGUUGUCCCCAUGGUUAGUAGGAAUGGUGUUGGGGGUAGUAAGCUUGGGAUCCUCGUAUACGCGGGAAGGCUAUGGUGGUGCAUCACUAAAUCCGGCAAGAUGCUUUGGUGUAUAUGUGGGAUCAUCCUUUCCUGGGUACCAUUGGAUUCACUGGAUUGGUCCUCUUGCUGCCGCUAUCGGACACGGCCUAAUCUACUACCUGGUGCCACCAUGGAAAGCAUGACCAAGCAUUACCCUGCUGUUGACACGACAAUAUCUUAUCGCAAAGGUGUAGAACUGCGUCCGAUAGUGAUGGAACAUGGCUCAAGUCCUUUCAUCCGCGCUUUUGGUGAGUGGCAUUCUGACGCCACUUAAGGUUGCUAGCUCAGUUGAGUAGGCUCAAUUGUCGAUAGCCAGCAAAGCAGGAUGCGUCGUUGACCAGAGGCGGAAUCGGUUUACUGUAACCCAAGAUGCAUCACUUUCCGACUGGUCUAUGGGUGAUGUUAUCAUAUUAAGGCAUAGCUCUCGACCAAUGAGCUCUGUUUAGCCGAGAAAUCAAACUGCGCCACCGUUUGAACUGUC